ACGGUUUAGUGAGAAAAAACGUGCACAAAUUUGCUCCAUUAAAAUUAGAUCAGUUUAAUUGAGCCUUAAUAAACGAUUACAUCAAAAUGACAAACAUUUAUGUCGCAAAAAGAAUUGACAAGAAAGAAACUGUCGGUGAUUUAAUCAAGCAGUACAAAGGUACAAAUGCUGAUUGCUAUGAUUUGAUAAAAGACGGUGUAGCUGUUCUUAAAAACAAGAAAUUGAAGGAAGUUGGAAUCGAUGGAAAUGCAAAAUUGCGAUUUCAAGAACGUCUUGUCAAAUUCAUCGUUCGUUUUGACAAUGGAUCAUCAAUUCCUAUUGAAUUUGGUCUGACCAAGACUAUUAAGUCACUCAAAGAUUAUUUGCAUGAUGUUAAGAAAGUUUCAGUUGAUCAACAACGAAUGACUUUUAAUGGACGAAAACUUAACGAUGAAAUGACACUCAAUGACUACAAUGUUGCAAAUGACUCGGUUCUGUGCAUGAAUUUGCGCAAUACGUCAAGUAUGUCAAUGAAUGUUGACGUGAACUACAUCAAUGUCAAAUUGAAAUUAAAUGAUACAACGUCCAUUUCUGAUCUAAUUAAGAUGUGGAAGGAAGCAGAUGCUGACAAUUAUGAUCUCGUUGUUAAUGGCAAAGUUGUUCCUCGAAAUAUGACAUUACGAGAAGCAAAUGUCACCGUAAACUCAAAAUUGGAUUUGCAAGAACGUAAGAUCUCAUUUACAGUCCGUUUAUGCAAUGGAACUCGUAUUCGAGUUAACUUGGCUCCUUCGAAGACAAUUUUGAAUCUAAAAGAGCAUUUAAAUGCCGUUGAGAAAUAUCCAGUUUGCGAUCAACGCAUAUCUUUUAAUGGACGUGAUUUGAGUGAUGUUUCAACUCUCCGUGAUUGUGAAAUUAAGAAUGACUCUGACGUCAUUUUGAUUGGUCGUUUAUAUGGAGGAUAAUAUGUUUUAAUUAAUGUAGUAAUCUUAUAGAUGUAGUUUUUAAUUCCUUACUUGAUAUCUUUAGAGAAUUUUGCAUUAAAUUAUUUGUAUGUCUGAAUAAAGAUUAACAUUGUUCUUUAACAC